AUGAUCAUGACAGACGCGCCAGAGGAGCCGAAGCAGCCCCGAGGGCCAGAGCAGUCCGUUCUUGUGCCUCUCAAGCUUGACGCCUUUGUCUUCAACAGUUUGGUCUGUGACGGAAUUCCCCCGAAGGCACCGGCUACUCCAAACUCACACCACGAGCCUACUGCAGCCAAGAUCGCCCCAAUUGAACAACCCAACUAUACAUUUCUCAGGCUGGAUAGUACCUUGAUCCAACCAGAUAUUCAGAAUCCGGUCGAUCUUUAUAAUUCGUGGCCUAGUUCCAGCAAUUCUCGACACACGAACCUGGGAACUAACAAUACCUAUCCUCAGCGUAUCGGUGUCUAUCUUCAUUGGACAUUACCACGAUUCUUCAGAAGUGGCUUGGAGCUUCCAAAGCAGGACAAGAAGCUCAAACCCAGGGGAAAAAGCGCAUUCGAGGGAGGUGACAAACCUAAGCCAAGUCCUUCUAAGGAUUAUACAUCUAGCGUAUUUCCUUCAGUUCCAAACCGCUGGCUUGUCAUUCGGCAUAUUCCCGACAAAGGAACUAUUGUACCCAGCGAUGCCGAAGUGCCGGAGUUCUCUGGCUGGGUCAUCGAGAGUGACAGACGAUGGGAGUUGAAGAAUCUCGGCAUGGAAGUUGACUUACAGACGGAUGUGUCACCGUUCAUUGCCGCUGGAGAUGAGGGCAACAAAGACGAGGAUAAGAAGGACAACACCGUUUCAAAGCAGGCUGAAGUUUUCAUUGGUUCCAAAACCCCUCUCGAAAGCUGGGUCGAACAGUACCAACCGAAGUCUGACAAGACCAUACCAGGAGGCACUGCCGACGACAAAUCACAGGCAAAGUUCCUACCGCAUUUUAGCUUGCUCACAUCGUCAAAUCAACUGUUUGCCGACUAUCAGCCUCACAACCCCAAUGUUUUCAGCAUGUGCGACAAUUUUGAGUAUGAAAAGGGAAAGUUUCUCGAAAAAGCCACGGCUCACUACUACGUUGUUGGCUGGUAUUCCGAACCAAAGAAUGAUCUAAUGUUUGGACCGCUCCUUGCCAAGAAUCCAGACGGAUCGAAGAGGAGCAGAAACGAGAAGCUGGAAGCCCUGAAAUCUAAGAUAAAACUUGAAAAUUCAGAGGGCAAGCAAUUGAAGGACGACCAAGUAGCAACCAUGUUCAGUUUCUGGCUCGACGACAAGACUCAAACGCGCAUGGUCUGUCACGGGUCUAUGUAUGAAGUCAAAUGGGAUUCCAAGAAUAAACCAGACAAGGUACCAGCCGACAUGUUUUGCACUCAACUGAACACCACCCUGCCCCUCGCUGUUGGCACAACUCCGCUGGAUGCCAUGACAACAUAUGCGCGAGCUCAUACAUGUCUUCCGUCUAAGAACACGGAUGAUAAAGAGGUCACUGUUCCUCAAUUAGAGAAGUGGAUCACGGAACUUGAACGGCACUUGCUUUCCAGAGAUGACGGCAUCGAGACACAGAAUCAAGCUUCUGACAUGCUUUACAAUUGGAACUUUGCACGCAGCGACGGCGGCCAGAACUGGAACGCAGCCGGAAUGGACCAGAAGGCUGAAUCGCCUAACCGGCCUGGAGGUACACCUUUAGACCUCGUAGAUAAACUACGCGAUCUGAACAUUCAGCAGAAAUUUUUGGACGCCAUCCAACGGGCUAUGAGUAGAGUCCGCAGAGACAUGUUUGCUGUAUGGUGGAACUGCGUUACGGAUGAUACUGCCGACGAGCUUUUCGCAGACAAAGCUCAAACCCUAAAAACAAAGUUCGAUGCCUUGGAGGUGAAGAAGACUGCUUGCGAAGCGGCCAUCAAGGAGUUGGUUGAUGAAAAGAAGAUGCAGAAGGGUGCACUUCCAACAUUUUAUCAACAACGGGAUCCUACUCUUUUAGUGGGUGGCGUCAGUUCGGGGUGGCAGUAUGACUACUUAGACGACCUAUUGGUUCGUUUAGAUGAGCAGGUUAUCGUCACAACGAAGAAGCCAGAGAAAGAUAACACAGUAACUUCCCCGUGGGACGACUUUGAGAAGUCGUUUGGUGGCAAAUUUCCAGACACAGUCAAGUCCAGUAUCGCGAGACUGUUCGCAGAAUUUCAAGCUCUUGAUCCUGCGCACAAAGCGUUGAAAGAAGAGCCGGAACGCAAAACGACAAGUCCCCCUCUUUUCCACGACCAAUACUCAGCACAAAACCCCAGACUUGAAGUCCAGAUCUCUACUGACGGAGAGAAGGAGAAUCUCUGGCGUGACAGAUGGAAUAACACACAGCCAUGGUUUCCCUUGUUCCUUGAAUGGGAGGUCGAGUAUCAUCACAUCCCAUUCGAAACCUGGGAUCUGGCCAAGACUACGAGUCGGUCUUCGAAUAUGCCGCAGCUGAGAUAUGGAAUCCCUAGCGACAAGAUCGUGCGAGAGAAAGAGCCACCCAAGGGAAAGAAGCUACCGGUAGACGAGGAGCCAGAUAAACAACGAAUUCAAGGGCGUGUCCUAAUACUGCCACAGCCAAGUUUUUCGCUUGGUGCCAAGAUCGAACAGCUCUUUGCGGGAACUCCACAACCCAUUCUAGAUCACUCGGAUGACUAUCUCAGUCCUGAAAACCGUGCGUUGCUGCAGAAAGAACUUUACAAGCUCGCAUUCCUCUCAGCUCCUCUGGCUGGCCUUUCAGCCCAUCUCACAACAGUCCUACAGGGGAAUCACAUCAAACCCAACAUGCGCAAUGCGGAGACCAACAAACUGGAUCCUAUCAAGGAAGCUUUGCGUCCAAAGGCUGGCUUGGAUGACAAGAAGAUGCAAAUCAUCGAUAUUGAGACCGACAGCACGCCUUUCGGAACGUCAAUGCGAUCUCCAGUCGGGCCCAAGAAUACUCUAUUCAAACCAGUCACACAUGGACAAUUCCGAUUCACGAAGCUCAACAUAAUUGAUAAGUUUGGCCAGGCCAUACAUGCCAUUACUCCUUCGGCAGAGAUUCUCCCUGAACCUAUCUUGCCCUGCAUAUCUGAGUGGUAUGCACCGCAGCUCAUCGGAAAGACAGAAGCGCCAAAUGUAGUAGCUCCUAGGGACCUUGAAGCGGCCCGGUUUGAUGGUGCGAAGGAUGACCCUCAAGAAUGUCCACCAAAGAAUCAACAGAAAUGCGAGUUUAUCCAAGUGCCCCCUAUGAUCAACCAGUAUUCCCGUCUCAAUGCCUCCUUUGUCGUGCGCGUAUCAAGUGACAAAGAGAAAGAGAAGAAGCCAGAGUUGCAAGCAGACCCAGAACCUGUACCUUUGAAGCCAUACGCGUGGCGUCCAGCGAGCGAGUGGGAGAAUCCAGUCUGGGGCUGGGUUCUGAUCAACUAUGCAAACCAGGGCAUACAGAUCUUCACCCAGGAUGGUAGCUUCUAUCGCGAGGUUAGACUGGGUGGACCGAAAGGUGCCCAGAGUACACCCGCUUGGCUUCCCUUCCGACCUCCUAAGCCAGACGAAGCUUGUAAGAAUAUGACCCCGGAGAUGGCACAGCUUGGGCUGCUGGUUGCGCGACUUGGAAAUGUGGAUUUCUUGCGUGCAUUCUGGGAGAUGAUCAUGAAAGCAACGCUGAACUUGCAGCCAGCACCCGAAGCUUAUGCUGGAUUCACCAAUGCUGCACUAGUUGGACGGCCACUGGCCCUCUGUCAAGCUGGCUGGUCGGUGGAGUUGGCAGUCGACGCCUUGACGAGUCAAGCUCGGGGUGAAAAUCCAAUUCCCAGAAAGCUACUGGGGAAGAGUAGAGAGGCUCACAAGAUUGAGGAUGAUGAUAGUGAUGAGGAAAAUAACAAUCCAGGGCAAUAUGCUUUCAAAGUCAAGAUCGGCGACAAGCAGAAGGGGUUCGACGGCCUUGUCGGGGUUCUCAGAUGUGACAAGUACGCGGAUCUAAAAACACAGAAAGGCCUGGGUCUGAAGCUAGAUACUGUCUACUCCGAUUACGUUGACCAGGGAGAUGCUUUUCAAAAGGAUGAGGGUGGCAAGGAUGUUAUUUCCCCAAUGUCACCACUUGUUCUACGCCCAUUCUACCUCUCUCCUAAUUCGGUUUCCGGAGGCAAAGAGUAUGAGGAAGAAUGCAACAAGAAGCUAUCCGUCCGAACCAUCCUAAUCGAUCCGUUCUCUCCCAUCCACGCCUACUCUGGAAUCCUUCCUGUCCGCGAACUCAUCCUACCGCCUUGGACAUGGCAAGCCGCCCUUUCGAAGAUGGCCGCGUUCUUCCACGCAGGUCCUAUAGUGCUCACUAAAGAUGUACCCAGCGAGUUCAAAGAAGAGCGUGAGCUUAGCUCGGACGACCCCAACAUCUCUGUUCCAGAUGUUAUACCGGGAGAAGGUCCCGUGCGGCUACCAGAGUUGGGAAAUGGAGGCUGGGCGUGGCUGCAGCCUUAUUAUGGAAAUAAUGGAGAGAGUUUUGAUGCGCAGGUUGGAGAGAAGGAUGCGCCGGAGAGGUAUAUGAUACUUCCUACAGCGCCGGAAGAUCAGGGGGCGAGGUUCGAGGAGGGGCCUUAUACAAUGGUUGAAGGGUAUUUGCUGAAGGUGAACGAGAACGAGAAGUCUGGAAAGAAGAAGCCGUAG